AUGGAUGUGGUCUUACGGGCUCAGUCCAGCUCUUUGAUACUCGCCCUGGGAUGGGACAACUCGACUUUGCUGCUUCAUUCCAGCAAACAGUUUGAGCCUGGUGCGCUCAAGACUGCAUUAUCCGCCCGCGCGUUAUCCAGAUUUGUAUUCAUCGAUUAGGGCUCCACUGGUCCCUUCUUCCCUCAACUCAUCCUGUUUAUGGAAGGAGACUAAGUUGUCUCAAAUUCUCCGUAUUCCGUUGGCUGCGAUCGGCUGGCCACUAUACGUACAUGUGUGUUCCAAAAACGCCAACAGCGAAUCUGAAGGUUAGCCCAGCAAUAGUAAGUAGGCCACGCGCAUUGGUUUUCUUGCCCCUUUUCUCGGCAAUGAUGACAAGACAACGGUUUCGGCCUUGUCAAAC